AUGUUACCAUCUCUUGAUAGCGCCACAACGGGAAUUUCUAGACCGCAUGUCGAAGCAAAUAACUUCGAGAUCAAGUCGACGUUCAUUCAAAUGAUCACUCACAACCUCUCAUUCAAUGGGUUGCCUAGUGAUGAUCCUUAUGAGCAUAUUAUCAGCUUCUUGGAAUUGUGCAACACUUUCAAGAUGAAUGGGGUACCAAUGGAGGCAAUAUAUCUCAUUUUAUUCCCAUUCUCUUUGAAGGAUAAGGCCAAGAAUUGGUUACAAAAUUUGCCUCGAGGUACUAUCACUAAAUGGGAAGAUCUAGCUAAAAGGUUUUUGGAGAAGUAUUAUCCUCCUUCAAAAACGGGGAAGCUUUGUAUGGCUGUUACCACAUUUGCUCAACAAGACUUGGAGAGCCUAUAUGAAGCUUGGGAACGGUUCAACGAGUACUUAAGGAAGUGCCCUCAUCAUGGAGUUCCAGGUUGGCUAGUGGUGGAAACUUUUUUCAACGGGCUAAACGGAGCAACAAGGAUGACGCUUGAUGCGGCAUCCGGGAGGAGUUUUAGAGCAAAGGAGCCCAAGGAAUGCAAUGACUUGAUUGAAACCAUAGCGGCCAACAAUUAUGAGCGGUCCUCAAUUGAAAAACCAGUUGGAGUCCAUGAAGUUGAAGCUAUUUCAGCUUUACAUGCCAAGGUGGAAGCUCUAACCAAGAAGAUUGAAAAAUUGGCGAUGAUUCUGCAAAUUACAUGUGGCCUUUGUGGUGGGAAUCACGCCAUGGAAGAUUGUAGCAUGAGCAAUGCUCACGUGGUGCAAGGGAUGGAGCAAGCCAAUUAUGUGGCUAAUCAAGGAAGAGGCCGAAAUAAUCCUUACUCUAAUACCUACAAUCCGGGGUGGAAAAAUCAUCCAAAUUUUUCAUGGAGCAACACUCAAAAUGUGGUGAGGCCUCCACCCGGAUUUCAACCUCAAGAACCAAGGAGACAAAGUUUGGAAGACAUGCUAAUGCAACACAUGCAAAAGACCGAUUCGCUUCUCCAAAACCAACAAGCUACCAUCAAAUUAUUAGAGAAUCAUAUUAGUCAAUUAGCACUUUCUAUGUCUACUCGCACCAAUGGGUCUUUGUCUAGCAACACUGAGGUCAAUCCAAAGGAACAAACUAAGGCAAUUACUUUAAGAAGCGGAACCAUACUAGAGGGAACAAAAGUUCCUAAUGAGGUGGCAAUAGAGAAGGAAAGCGACAAGAACGGCAAGUCGGAAGAAAAGGAAGAGGAAGUGAUUUUGAAGCCAUAUGUUCCUAAACUUCCUUAUCCUCAAAGGGUGAAGAAAGUAGAAGAUGACAAGAAUUUCUCCAAAUGUCUUGACAUGUUCCGCAAGAUUCACAUCAACAUUCCGCUUACCGAGGCAAUUUCCCAAAUGCUUAAGUACGCUAAAUACUUGAAAGAAAUCAUCUCAAAUAAGAGAAAAUUUGAUGAUGUGGGAACGGUCACGCUAACCGAAGAAUGUAGCGCACUCAUUCAAAACAAGCUUUCUCAAAAGGCGAAAGAUCCGGGAAAGAUCCGGGAAGCUUCACUAUUCCAUGCACCAUUGGUGAAACGGAAUUUAGUAAGGAAAUUGGGCAUGGUGAAGGAGAUGAGGGACACUACCGUUUCUCUCCAAUUGGCGGACAAGUCAAUUACUUACCCAAGUGGAAUACUUGAAGAUAUCCUAAUCAAAGUCGAUAAAUUCAUAUUUCGUAUUGAUUUUAUUGUCCUUGACAUGGAGGAAGAUAAAGAAGUACCACUCCUCUUGGGUAGACCUUUCCUAGCAACUAGCAAAGCCAUUAUAGAUGUGGAAGGAGGUAAGUUGACCUUGAGAGUAGGCCAAGAAGAGGUAAUUUUUGAAAUGUAUACUUCUUUGAAAUAUCCCAUGGAAUAUGAGGAUUGCUUGCGUGUGGACAUUAUUGACCAUUAUGUAGAUGAAUAUGUUGAGAUAGAGCAUGAACCUUUGCAUGAUGUGAUUUUUGAUGAUCAUGAAGUAAGCCCUUGUGAAAAACAUGGUGAUGAAAAGCACAUUUAUGAAAUACUUCAUAGGGAAUCACAACCGGCCUUACCAUCUAUUUCAUGUCCACCUAAGCUUGAGCUUAAGCAAUUGCCCAUGCACUAA